CUAUUCCUCCCACUGACACCAAUGAUGGGGCACUAUUUCCCCCCCACUGACACCAACGAUGGGGCACUAUUCCUCCCCCCACUGACACCAACGAUGGGGCACUAUUCCUCCCCCCACUGACACCAACGAUGGGACACUAUUCCUCCCCCCACUGACACCAACGAUGGGGCACUAUUCCUCCCCCACUGACACCAAUGAUGGGGCACUACUCCCCCCCACACUGACAUCAAUGAUGGGGCACUAUUCCUCCCACACUGACAUCAAUGAUGGGGCACUAUACCUCACCAUGACACUAAUGAUGGGGCACCAUUCCUCCCACUGACACCAAUGAU